AUGUCAACUCAAGAUAUAUUGAUUUUCGCAACAAGACAAGUUCAUAUCUAUUUUGGUUUGGCCAUGACGAUCUUAGGUGUUAUCGGUGGAAUAUUUAAUAUUAUAAUUUUUACAACGCUGAAAACGUUUCGAGAAACAACUUGUGCAUUUUAUCUGACAGCUGUUUCAGUGGUUAAUAUCAUUCAAUUGCUAAUAGUAUUGUUUGUACGUGUUCUAAGUGAAGGUUUUUCUACUGAUAUUAGAAGAACAUCGUGGGUUUGUAAAAUACAAAUAUAUAUGGCUGUAUGUUGUCGUAUGGUAUCAAUGACAUAUGUAUGCUUAGCAACGAUUGAUCAAUUCUUAUCCAUGAGUCACUAUAGACGUUUUAGUAAUUUAAGAUUAGCUCAACGUUGUAUAUUUAUUACUGGAAUUUUUUGGAGUUUAUAUGGUAUUUGUUUUCUCAUUUAUUACGAUGUAUCUUUAGGCAUAUGUGCGGUCAUUAAUUCAAAUUUUGGAAUGUUUGUAACUCGUUUUCAAUAUCCAAUACUUUAUGGAGUUCUACCUCUAACCACAAUGACUACAUUUUCUCUAUUAGCUUUUUAUAAUGCUCGUACAUUAAUUAGUCGACAAAUAAAUAUUAUACGUUUAAGUCGAGAUCGACAAUUGACAGCAAUGACACUUGUUCAUGUUGUAUUUGUUGUAAUUACUACAUUACCUUAUAUUAUUUAUUUUAUUUAUUCACCUGAACAAAUAGCACGUAAUACUCUUAUCUAUGCCAUCUUGCUUUUAAUCUUUUAUUUAAGUUUUGCUGGUUCUUUCUAUAUUUAUUUUUGUGUUUCAAAACGAUUUCGACAACAAUUCAUUUUCAUAAUUUCAAGUGUUUGUAUAAAGCAAUGCCAACAAUGGAUGAACAAACGAAAUACUAAUCAAGUUGUACCAAAUAUUGAAACAAUCGAUGAUAUCCAACUUACAUGA